UUCAAAAGGUGUCAUUAAAUCCCACCUUGAUGUUGCGAUGACAGCUUCUUCGCAAGGCUCUUCUUUGAAUAACUUUAACACUCAGAGAUCAAAUACAAAUUCAGAUAAAGAAAGAAUUAGUAAUAUCACUCGUCAAACGUCUUUUAACGCCUAUCCUCUUGAAUGUUCACAAAAUCUAAUUAACCCUACCAAUGAAGUAAUAUACAUGCCAGUAAAUCCUACAAAUGUUCCUCUAUCAUUUCAGCCAGCAAGCAUUUCAGGCGAAACACAGAAUGAACUUCCACAAAGUUACAGUCAUCCCAUUUGUCAUGGAUUCAUUUUCCCAAACUCAUUAGACGGUAUAAAUAAUUUUGACGUGGUUCAAGCAAACAUCCAGAAUGUUCAGCAGAGACCAGCGCACUCCUCUAAUAAUAUUAAAAAUCCGCUCCAGAGCCUGCAACUCGGAGAUAUGGAUUUCAAUGCUCAAAGGCACUUUUAUCUGCUGCUGCUUCAAGAGCUGAUUGGAUUGCAAUUAUCAGAACAUUAUAAUACUGUCAAAGAGACCAUUCCACUGCAAAGCCAGUCGAACAUUCAGUCUCAAAAUCAAGAACUGCUCCCAUGCAAUGUUCAAAAUUUUGGCUUAAAUGAGCAUCCUAAUCAAAACUGGGCUGUAAAUAGUGAACACUCAGAUAUGUCUACAUUUCUAGUGCCAGUUGAAGCCAAGUUCGAAGGAGAAAGUGGUCUUUCGUUACAUAUAACUCCAAGGGAUGACAGUAGUAAUACUAGCCAAAAAGGUUCCGUUACUGUAGAAUGUCCGGGUCAGCCUAUUGUGUUAUACCCGUAUACUGUUCAACAUGAUGGUCCACAAGAAGAAACAUCUCCGGUUAGUCAAUCAAUUAAUGACUCGUAUGCAAGUGGUCCAACUGCGCAGGCACUAACGAUAAAAGAUAUUCAUCAAUGUGUGCGGAGAGGCUCCUUGGAAUUUCCUCCAGAACCAGGCAAUGUUAUAGUUGAAAAUAUGCGGGGUCAUACGAGACCCGGAUUUGUGUUACUGAGUGUGAGACAUGAAAAAAUAAAUUCAGAAAAUAAAAACUCACCAACUGCAGAUUGUGGCUGUGAAGAAGCAGUUUCUCCUUCUAAUUUAACACCAGUCACUCCGGAAGUGAAAUUAAAGAAACCUUCUAAAAAGCGAUUCAAGCAUACAAAAGGUGAGGCGGAUCUAAAAAGACGCUCUGUAGGACGUUUGUCCAAGUCCGUAAUGAAAAAUAUGAAGGAUGAAAACAUAUCUCAGUGUACAGUAGAAUUGACGGAAGAGGAUCUAAAGGCGUUAUCUUCUCAGUCAAGAUUUCGAGUGACUAGGUUUGCGGAUAAGAAGCAAGCAUGGAUAGCUCCAUCAAAUGCAGGCUGUUUAGUUGUACACGACCUAUGGACUAGUAAACUCCCAGAAUAUGUGUUGAAGUGCGCCAAGCAUUUGAAGCAUCCAGGUCCUGAUUUAUUAGUACAAAAAUGUGAAUAUAAUGAAGUAUUUAAAACCAUGCGGUGUGUUGUCGAUGGACGUUGUGAAGCCUGUCAGAAGUUACCUCGUAAGUCUGUUAUUUUUAUCAGCCACUCUAAAUGA